GUCACGUUUGCUGUUACAGCAGUUCCAGUCAUAGUCCCAGUACAGCAACUCCUGAGAACAAGUACAGAAGUCCGUGUUGUCACCGAGUUAUUGCUAAGAUAUUCACGUUAUGUUUAGCACUAAAGAGUAUCUAGACAAGAAAACAGGUCCUUAUGGGGUUGGGAGGCUUUCGUAUCUUCAGAUGCUGGUGACGGAGUUUCAAGAUACUGAUAGUCAAGAUGCAAAGUUACAAGUACUGAGCAAUCUAGCCAAUUUUGCAUACGAUCCAAUCAACUAUGAUCACAUGAGAUCACUUAAUGUUAUGGACCUUUUUCUUGAUAGUCUAUCGGAUUCUGACAGCAACAUUGUAGAAAGUGCUACUGCAGGCAUCUGUAAUCUGUGCCUAGGUAAUGGCUGGUAUCCACACAUAAAUACGAAAGAUGAACAUAAGAAGAACAAGGUAUACAUCUUGCAACAAGAGGGUGUCAGGCUGCUCCUACCAUGCUUAUCAAGUAUGCAUGAGGAAACUGUACUGAACACUAUGGCCUGUCUCAUGUUUCUAGUCACACCCGAAUCAAAACAAGAGAUCACAGAGCUCGCUGUGGUCGACUGUAUGCUGAGGCUGCAACGCUCGACCAAUCCUCGUCUCUCCAACAUGGCCGCCGUCUUUCUCGCGGACUACUGCACGGCUGAGCAGGUCGCUGAAGCCCAACGCGUGUCGUCACUCCAGGAGGCAGAUUCCGUCGUCACGAGCAACGGAACGUGACAGAUCUGAAGUGUGGGGGAAAGCUAAGUGGAUAGAAAAGUGGUCAAACACACCUCCAGCACUGAUGCUCCCACAGAGAUACAGCUUCAACUUCAUCCACAAGUCAUUGUCAAGUAUUUAUUCUAUAUAUUUGCAUGUGAAGGAAAAAGAUCUGACGGUUUCUGUACGUGCUUCUCUCGAUAGUAAUCAAACGUUAAUCUACGACUGUAAAUGUUAUUAUUACCUCCGCCCAACAGAGUUGGAGGAGGUUAUGUUUUCGCUCUUGUGCGUUAGUGUGUUCGUGUGUUCGCGCGAUCGAUAUUAGCGCGUCAGCCAGCGAGCCAGCGAACCAGCCAGCUCAGCGAGCCAGCUAGCGUAUACAUGUGAGCGAGCAGCAGCAACGAGCGGCUGCUACGAGCGAGCGAGCAGCAAGCCAGCAAGC